AUGUUGAUGCCAACGGCUGACCGACGAAAGAUUUACGAGAAGUUGUUCGAAGAUGGUGUCGCCAUCGCCAAGAAGGACUUCCAGUUGAAAUCUCAUCCAGAAAUCGAGGGUGUCAGAAACUUGUACGUGAUCAAGGCCUGCAGAGUGAGUUUUUUAUUAGUUUUUUGUUGUUUAGGUUAGUUGAAAACUUGAGGAUAAAUUGAAAAUGGGGAAAUUCCACCUCGAAAUUGUUGUUGGCAAAUUUUUUUCAAUCUGUACAUUUUAAAGCACGUGUUGAAUUUGGUUUUACGAAGAUUUGGAGACUAUUACCAAGCCUUUUCGUAAUUUUGUCUGAAAAAGGUAUGAAAGUCUCCGGAAAUCGAGAUUUUGGCAUUUGAACGAUACUCUAGAUCGUUCUUUUCCUUCUAGGGUCGCUUUCAAAGGUCGGACAUUCUUUUCUAAACAUUAUUAUCGAAAGUUUUAUGUUGUACUAGGGCCAAGUUUAAUUUCCUAAAUUUUAGAGCUUGGCUUCCCGUGGAUAUGCCAAGGAACAGUUCGCGUGGAACCACUACUACUGGUACUUGACCGAUGAAGGUAUUGAGUACCUCCGCGACUACCUCGGACUUGCCGCUGAUGUUAUCCCACUCACCCACAAGACCCCCAAGACCGGAGAGAUUCGUCAAGCUUUCGCCGAGAAGGCUGGACGCAGUGAGUUCUUUGCUUUUUGUUGGUGUGUAGGUCAUUUGGCAUCGUAUAUCCUGCCGGCGAGUAAAUUUCAGUACUUGAGCUGGCGUGGAAAGCGGUGCAAUAUCGAAAUUUUUGUGAUUAGUUGCUAUUAUUUAUUCUUCAAUAUAAUUAGUGUAAUUAAUUCAAAAGACAUACAAAAUUAAAAAGAAUUUUGAGAUUCUUACCUUAAUUUUGGAUUACAUUCCCCUUGAUUUCAGCUGGAUUCCGUGGAGACUCGGACCGCGCCCAAUACCGCAACGACAAGGUCACCGAGGCCGGACCCGGCUCGCAGCCCGUCAACUACCGCGGUGGUUUCGGCCGUGGUGGUGCUCCUCAAUAA